AUGUCAGUUACUGUAUUUAUGGAGAGGGUUAAGCGAGAUGGUUUAGGUGAUAUCUUAGCUUGGCAGGCAUAUAGAUCGAAGGAGAAGGCGCUCGAAAAAAUUAGAGGGAGUGUGGUGGAGCAUUACAAAUUACUGUGGGAUUAUUGUGAGGAGUUAAAGAGGACAAAUAUUGGGACCACUGCAUUGGUUGAGGGGCAGCUGGAGAAUUUCGACGGUUGUUGCAGAAGGGUGAUUGGGGUAGAUGACUGUUUUUUGAAGACAGAGCUUGGUGGCCAAUUGUUGACAGCAGUUGGUGUUGAUGCGAAUAAUGGUAUGUAUCCGGUGGCAUAUGCAGUUGUGGAGGUUGAAAAUGGGGAUAAUUGGAAAUGGUUUUUGGAGUUAUUGAAGGAUGAUUUGCACAUACAUAGCAGUCAACAUUGGAUAUUCAUUUCAGAUAAGCAAAAGGGAUUGACAAAUGCAAUUGGGACAUUGUUUGAGAAUUCGCAGCAUAGGACGUGUGUCAGACAUCUAUACAACAAUUUCAGCGUCUGUCACAAGGGUUUAGCAUUGAAGAACUAUUUGUGGGAUGUAGCUAGAGCCACUACUAUAUCACAGUGGCGUCAGCACAUGCAACAGAUGAUGGACUUGGACCCGGCUGCUUAUGGAUGGCUUGAAGAAAAACCAGCUUCCCAUUGGAGUAAAUCCCACUUUAGAGAGUGGAAUCAGUGUGACAUGCUUCUCAACAACUUAUGUGAAUCAUUUAAUAGAACAAUUGUGGCUGCAAGAGAGAAGCCGAUCUUAACCAUGGUGGAGGAUAUCAGGGUAUAUUUGAUGAGGAGAAUUGUGGCCUGUAGAGAGUCUUGUGAUAGGUGGACAAUAGCAGUUAGACCUAGAAUUCAGAAGAUUUUGGACAAAAAUGGUAAACUUGCAAGGUUUGAGUGGGCUGAGUACGCAGGAAUUGCAUGUAGCCAUGUCAUUGCCUCAGUUGUAUCUAGAGGCCUGAACGUGUUGGAGUUCGUGGAUGACAUCUAUAAGAAGGAUGCAUACAUGAGAACAUAUACGCCAUCAAUUUCUCCCAUCACAGGUCCGGACGCAUGGCCUACCCCAGGUUUGAACCCUCUCACUCCACCGGUAUACACGAAGAGGCCUAGGAGGCCAAAGAAAAAUAGAAGAAAAGAGGUGAAUGAGGUGGCUUCUUCAAGUCAGCCGAAGAGGUCCAGUCAGUCCAAGAGAAAUGCCAAUACUUCACAAUCAACUUCAGAAACAACGGAAGUGCACAAAUUGUCUGCAUGUAGUGGAUAUAAUAUAGCACUUUGGGAACAUUUUUUGGUGUUUAUGUACUGGAUAUUUUUGUUUCAGUUUUCGAUUGAUUGGUGGAUGAAUUGUGUCUCAGAUUCUGUGGUAUAUGGAAGAAAACAAGGAAUUCUCUCGCCAAAUUUUUUCUAA